UCCAAUGCCGUUUUGGAAAAUGGUAAAGUAGCUUCGUUCGAACUCCUGCGCCGAACAUCAACACGGUUAAGAAAAUCUCUCCUCGUGAAUCCCUAAUCCAUCCUCUCUGGCGUGAUUAGGGUUCAUCCGUUGUAUUUUGGCGCGGAAUUUCGGUGGUCGUUGAUUGUUUUGCUUGUUGCGGAAUAGAUUGGAGUGGGUUUUUAUACAUCGCAGAUAAUCAACCAUGUUCGUGAAUCGGCUCUUCGGGAAACCCAAACCGGAAUCUAAUGCUCUCCAAACAUUAGACAAGCUAAACGAGACGCUCGAGAUGUUGGAGAAAAAGGAGAAAGUUCUCCUGAAGAAGGCUUCUGCAGAAGUCGAAAAAGCAAAGGAAUUCACCCGACUAAAGAACAAACGAGCGGCUAUACAGUGUUUGAAAAGGAAGAGGUUAUACGAACAACAAAUUGAACAGCUGGGAAAUUUCCAGCUGCGUAUUCAUGAUCAAAUGAUUAUGUUAGAAGGUGCCAAGGCAACGACAGAAACUGUAGAUGCAUUGAGGAGUGGAGCUUCUGCAAUGAAGGCUAUGCAGAAAGCAACAAACAUUGAUGAUGUGGACAAGACCAUGGAUGAGAUCAACGAGCAGACAGAGAACAUGAAACAGAUCCAAGAAGCAUUGUCCACUCCAAUCGGUGCUGCUGCUGAUUUUGACGAGGAUGAGCUAGAAGCAGAACUCGAAGAACUAGAAGGCGCCGAACUGGAAGAGCAACUUCUCCAGCCUGCCACGACUGCUCCUGCAGCCACGGUUCCCAUGCCAGCUGGCAGGCAACCAGCUCGUCCGGCCGCCCAGAAGCAGCGGACAGACGAGGAGGAUGAACUCGCAGCAUUACAGGCUGAGAUGGCCCUCUAAGGUUUUUCCAUGGGGAGCUUGUCACAGAGAUGGAAGGGAACAGAGGAUGUAUAUAUAAGUACACGCGAGUCUAUAUUGGUGUGUUAGCGGCAUCUAAUAUAAAUUAUGUUCUGUCGUGGAUGUCAUCAUCUUCCAUUUGUGUGGUACUUUUAGCUCUUUUUUGUUGUUGUUACUUUGUAUCACGGUAAUAAAUAAUGCUGUAAUGAGAUAUGGAUUUGCCGCUCCAAAUGUACACGCCGUUUCGACCAGGUAAAACUGAACUUCAUGUCGUUUUCCCA